GGGCUGAGCAACAGCAUCCUCUCUGAUACAAACGCAAGCAGAGAAUAGGAGGCAACUGCUACUUUCCAGUUCAUCUUCUCAGGACAGGUGCCUGAUCUGCACUCAGCACAGACGUUACUCAGUGUAUGAUGAAGACACCACUAUGGACUCUGCUGCUCCUGGGGCUGUGCGUCCCUGGACGCAGUGACUGUCAGAGAGACUGUCUGUCCUGCGGCCAAAUCCUGCCCAAAGACCACGCCUUCGACACACUGGUCUGCCUGGUGGAAUGUGGAAAGGGUUUGCUGGGCCUAAACUGGGAGAUCUGCCGCGCAGCCAUGGAGGAAGGACCCCUGGAGUCCCUGUCAGUAGGGGGCGCCAUGCUGAAAAGAGCCAAGGAGGAGGUGGAAUCUGUUCUCCCUCUGGACCAGGGUGAUGGAGGCCUGUUAUAUUCCAGCGGCCUGCAGAGGUUUGACCACGCGGCCCAGGCUUUGGGCCUGGAUGACCUGGGCCGAGAGAGCCAAAGCACCCAGCUUAGUGCGGUUUACCAGUCCCAGCAGUCUCAGUCUGCAGAGGAAGACGAGGAAGAGCCAGAAAGAGGAAGGGAGCUGCAGAGUGAACAGGAAAAUGCACCAGUAAACCUGACCAAGCGCUUUGGAGGCUUCCUCAAAAGCAAAUACGGCUACAGGAAAUUCAUGGACCCUGGCAGGUCUUUACAGAAGAGGUACGGCGGCUUCAUAGGUGUCCGCAAGUCUGCCCGUAAGUGGAACAACCAGAAGCGCUUCAGCGAGUUUCUAAAGCAGUACUUGGGCAUGACCACUCGAGCUAGCGAGUUCAAUAGCAUGUCCACUGAUAUCACCCAGCAGAGCGAAGUGUAGGCCUCUUCAGUAGCAGUAGACUCACCCAGCAAGCCUUCAUUUGUCCUGCUCAGUUAAGAGAUACUAUACAUGUCUUUGUACAUCUUCAUGAAAAAUUGACUAUGGAAUGCCAUGUGUUUAGAAAAGUUCAUCAAAGUAUAAGAUUUCAUAACCACAGACUCAAUACUAGUGCUGGGCGAUAUUGCUAAAAUUCUAUAUCUCAAUAUUUUCCAAAUAUGUCAUACCGUCAAGGUAUGAGAUGAUAUUGAAGUUUACAUGAAUAAAGUUAAUGAAACCAUGCUCAGUGCUGCUACUCAAUGCUAAAGGAAUGUCUUAGAAACAACUUGUUUUCAUUGUUUUUCUUUUCUUUUCUUAAAAUUACACCAAAGCGAAUCCUACACAGUAUUGUAAAAGAUUUCCAGACAGAAACCACAUUUCCAGAAAGAAAAGUUCGAAUUUAUUUAGAUGUUUUAUGUGUUUCAAACUAUUCUUAACAGUUUGAAGAGCUCAGUUUGAGGUUUUUGUUAUCUAUCGAUACUGUUAAAACAAAAAACAGUCUUGUUGAGUGACAUCAGUACUGGUAUUGAUGAUACAGGGUGUCCCAAAAAAGUGACAUCAUUUGAGAUCUGAGUAACUACAUGUCCUGGCAAAUGAAAUUAAAUAGGCU